AUGGAAGGCAAAGUGUGGCAUGUUAUAACCCAGUCUCCUUCUCUUGCAGAGAAUCACAGCAAGGCGAACCUCGAGGGACCUGGGACGGCGGUGGUGCUGGCUUACACCCAGAACCGUAAACCCACCUUCACGCAGGGCCUCAAGUGUAGGUCCGUCUUGGAGGGGGACCCUGCACUCUUCCAGUGCAAGCUGGUGGCAUGUCCAGCACCCCACAUGGCCUGGUUUCACAAUAACCGGCCUGUCCACCAGGACUGCCGCAAGGUGAUCCGCACUGAGAGUGAGGAGCACACGCACCAUGCCAGCCUGGAGGUGCGGGAUGUGCGGGAACACGAUGCUGGCAGCUACAGGCAGCGGCGGGAGGACCGGCUGCGGGUAGUGCUUCGCUGCACUGGCUCACCCUUUGACAAGGGGCAGGAGGCUGAGCAGUUGCUUGGGGAUGUCUCCUCGGCCAGGGGCAUGGUGCGAACCAUCUGUUUCCAGAGGCUGCCACUGGUGGGGCCUCACCGUCCAGGGCUGGCAUGCGGUAGGGAGCACAGUGGCAGAGUGGUGGAUGCUGAAGAGCUGCUGGAUGAGGAAAUUCGUUGGAAGCUGCAGCGGCUGCGGGAGGCAAAGAGGGCAGCGCUGAAAAAGAAACAGGAAUUCCUUAAGUCCAUGCCCCAGGGGGGGCCUCCUGGGAAGCUCAGCCCACCUGAGGCAGCUGCUACAAUGGAUGGCUCUCAGCCCCUUCCAGUGCAGGUAGUGAAGGGGUACAACAGGCCCAAGGCUAUGGGGGAGAGAUGGCAGAUGCCAGCUGGGGUCCUGGAGCCCUGCCCACCCCUCUUUGUCCAGGAGAUCAAGCCCCAAGAGGCUGUUGAGGGUCACAGAUGCACCUUUUCCUGCCUCUUUCAUGGCCGCCCACAGCCCACAGUCACUUGGUACAACAACGCCAAACCCGUGGGGCGCAUCCGAGGCACCGCUGUUCACACCACAGAGUGCCGCUCUACACUGACCUUCCCAUCCCUGCUCCCACAGCAUGAACAAGACACAGAGAUGAGGGAGACCGCACGGCACUCUCUAGACCAGGCUGCUCCCACUGUAAAGCAUAAAUUCAAGUUUUCAUUUGAUGUGGGAAAUGAGCCACCCCAAAUUGUGGCAGAAGCCCCAGCACACAUUCAUUGCCAUGAAGGGGAGGCAGUGGUGUUGGAGUGUGCUGUGUCUGGACAGCCCCCACCAGCUGUGACCUGGUCCCUGAAUGGCCAGAAACUCUCUGCCAGUGAGAGACUGAGGUUUGAGGAAGGCAAGAAUGGCAUGUACCGCUUACACAUCCUAGGGAUCUCUGUUGUGGACGCUGGUCUGUAUUGUUGCAUGGCCAAGAAUGUGGCUGGAACAGCACAGACUGUCUCUCAGCUGACAGUGCAGCCCAGUGCAUCCAGGUUGUAUAGCAAGGAUGGAGGCAUUGAGGAACUGCCUGCCAUGGACCAUGUUCUGCACCUCCAAGGCCUGAACACUCUUGGAAAGGAUGAAGAGAUCACAUGCUCGAAGGAGGAGGAAGCCCACCUACCCUGGUCCCUGAGGCUGUCUCCAUCUCCUGGUGAAAAAUUGGAAGAGGAGUGUGAGAAAACUCCCCAUUUCAGGGAGAGUGAGAUGGAGGAAAGGAUGGUGCUGGAUAUUACAGAGGUUUAUGCAAGGCAAGAAAUGGGUUAUCCAGGAGAAAGUGUGAGGGAUACAGAUGGUAUUUCUGAGAUGAGGCAGCACAGGGAAAAAGCUGUCUCCGAGGAUCACGGCUUUGGAAUUGAUGCCACUGAGCUGCACCCCAGCAUAUUCAGGGAAGAGCAUGAACUGGUGGCCAAGGACUCAGGUGAUUUUUCAGAGGAGCUGGAGGUUGAAGGAGACAAGGUGGUACCACAUACAGAAGCUCUGUCCUGGAAUAUCUUGAAGUCACCACUUACGGAAGUGAAAGGACAAACAUAUGCCUCUGACCAGUCUGCUCUGGCAAGGGAAUGUGAGGAUUCACAAUUUUUCAUUCCUAUAUCACCUGUGGUGCAAGAGGGGAGAGAUGUUUACAGGGAGGAGAGUGGUGCCCCUGCUGGGGAGGCAAUGUCUCCUAAUGUGCCUCUUGUAGAAGAACCAAGUGUGCCCUGUUUGCAGGACAACAUUGCGAUCACACCCACAAAGGACCAGUUUGGCUUUUAUGACUUCUGUACAGAAAAGCACCAGGAGGAACAGGCCAAGGAACAAGAGAGAUCAGUUGAUAUUGAACAGGACAUCAAGGCUGAUCAUCAUUUUUGUAAAGAAGAAAUGAUAGAUGCUGGGGAUGCCACACACUGGGAAAUUAACAGUGAUGGACAAAUGCUGCAAGAAAUGGAGGCUGAUGCAGGUAAUUCUUCUUUGGAUGUAAUUCUCACUCCACCUGGCAUAGAAAACUCAGGUCAGGAUUUUACUGAAGAAGUUGAGGUUCACUUAGAAGAAGUGCAUUUGAAAGAGCAGCUGUUGCCAUCUGAGACUGAUGAGACCAAUAUCACAUUUGAUCUGAAGAAGUUUGUGGAGCCCUUCCCAACUGCAGAGACUGUGGACACAGAACAGGCACAAACCCCCACAUCUCUGGAGAGUGUGGAAGUAGGAGUGGCUGGGCUCGUCUCCACUCUGCACCAACAUGAUGUGCCAGUGGAAGAGUUGUCUCUGAGUGAAGAGCUGCGGCAGAGCUACAAGAUGCAGCAGGAAGAGGUUGGUGCCCAGGAAGGGGCACAGUCAAGCGAAAUCAGAAGGGCUGAUUUGAAAAUCACUAACGGGGAUCUUGGUAGCAUCAUGGUGUCUGCUGAAGACAGAUCUUCUGCUGAAGAAGUUAAUGAGCCAGAAGUGAGUGUCUGUGGGGAGGAUUCACUUGAGGGACAAAGUCAUGGCUUUCUGGUGGAGUCCACAGCAGAUUUCAAAAGAGAAGUCCAGGAAACACAUAUGUGGGAGAGUGGGGAACAACUGGAGACCAUAGACUCCCAGAGUGACAGUUUCAUCACUGAUUUGAAAAAAGCUGCACAAGAAAAGAAACCCCAGGCUGCGCAUCAGACUGAGGAGCAAGAAGGUUCUGGGAUAGAAAAAGUUUUUGAGACAGGAAUAAGCAGCUCCACUUGUGAGAUAGAAAGCACAGAGUCCCCCGAGGAGAUGUUCAUGGACAUCCAACAGGAACCAAACACAACCAAAGGCUUCUCUUUUGGGCAACUCUUACUUGGUUUAAUAAUGGAUGCUCCUGUGGCACAGAAGGAGCAAAAGAAGGAGUCUUGGGACAAGAAGAGAACUCCCACUGAGGAAGCCUCUGAGAAUAGUGUGGAUGGAGAAGGACUGUCUGAGGAUAUUUCUGCAGGUCCAGAGCCUGGUGCUGUUCAAGCCUCAGAGCUGGAGCCUGACUUGUCCCUGGCCAAGUAUUUAAGGUCAACUGGGAUGCAAGAAAUUCCAGAUCUCAAAGGGACAGUUCAGAAGGAGCAGAGAGAGACCAUCACUUCACUGGAAGUGGAAGAGGUUACCUUCAGCAUGGUUUACGACUAUUACAACAACCAGCAGGAAAUCACCCGACCCUUCUCUCCUGAGUCAGAAAUGUCUAUAGAGCUGGAGAGUGGGAAUGGAGAGGAGUCACCUGAUUCAGACCGCUUCUACACACCUCCCUCCUCAGUGGAGAUCUUUGAAACUGCUUCAUCAGCGUCCUACCACACACCGCUCAGCACGCCUGAGCGCUACUCCACACCAUCUGAGGGCUCAGAGUACAGCACACCACCCGAGCGCUACUCCACACCAUCUGAGGGCUCAGGGUACAGCACACCACCUGAGCGCUACUCCACACCAUCUGAGGGCUCAGAAUACAGCACACCACCCGAGCGCUACUCCACACCAUCUGAGGGCUCAGGGUACAGCACACCACCUGAGCACUACUCCACACCCUCCGAGGGUUCAAAAUGCAACACACCCUCAGAACGCUACUUCACACCCUUUGAGGGACCCUGCUCUGCAUCAGGGGACAGCACACCACCAGAGCGCUACCGGACACCCACUGGGGAGUAUAUGGAUGCCCUGACCAUGCUCCCCCUCUGUGAGAGAAGGCAGCAGCCCCCAGACCAGCCACAGGCUGAAGUUUAUAGGACCCCCUGUGAAGCCCUGGAACCAUCAGGCAGGCAGAUGCCACCUGAAUUCCUCAAGGCAUUAAGCAGAAGGAGGCUGUACGAGGGCAGCACGCUGAGCUUUGUGGCUGAGGUGGUGGGUAUGCCCAAGCCAGGGGUGAAAUGGUAUCAUAAUAAAUCUCUGUUGGAGCUGGAUGAGAGAGUGCGAAUAGAGAAAGAUGGGGACAAAUAUGUGCUGGAGAUCACUAAUAUCCAGAAAGCUGAUGGAGGACAGUAUCUGUGCCAUGCAGUGAACAUUGUUGGAGAAGCUAAAAGUAUCACACAGGUGGAAGUUUUGUCUGAAGAUGGGCAGUCACUAGCAUUGCCACCUCCUGUCACCCACCAGCAUGUUAUACAGUUCGACCUGGAGGAAAACACAUCUUCAAGGUCACCUUCACCACAGGAAAUCCUCCUGGAAGUGGAGCUGGAUGAGAAUGAGGUGAAGGAGUUUGAGAAGCAGGUCAAAAUCAUAACCAGUCCUGAGUUUAGCCCAGAUAAGAAAAGCAUGGUGGUUUCCCUGGAUGUCCUUCCACUUGCCUUGUUGGAGCAAGCUGCAGGCUUGGCCGCAGAGGAGAAUGAGGAUGUAAAAAUUGAUUUCCAAGUCACUGAAAUGCCUCCGCGCUUUGCUGUGCCCUUUGCAGAUGUUGAGGUGACAGAAGGCUUGGAGGCAGUGUUUGAGUGUGUGGUAACAGGUACUCCUGUCCCAGUAGUGCAGUGGUUCAGAGGCGACACCUGUGUGACGCCUGCCACAGGGAAGUAUGUUGUGAGUCAGAAGGAGGGACUUCACAGUCUGAAGGUCCAAAAUGUAGGUACUUCUGAUGGUGGCUGGUAUCACUGUCGGGCAAUCAAUAGGUUGGGAGAAGCAAUGUGCAAAGGCGCCCUUUCAGUCUUAGCUCAGCAGGGAGCAAGUGCUAAGGCGAGCAGUGAGACAGUUAGGGGCAGUGAACCACACAGGCCUCAGAACUGUGACUUGCUUUUGAGUAAGACUGUGAGCCUGGGUGACCAGUCAGAAAUGGAGCUGGAGACUGAGUUCAAGCCAUACAUAGACAACUCAGAGGAAGCAAUCCAACUGCUUGCAGUGACUCAACAAGAGCAGGAGGUGGAAGGGGAGAAGUGUGUCAAUGUUAGUUUUGAUGUGUUUGCGAAGCCAUCCGACGAAGAACAGAUUGCGUUUAGGGCAGAGGACGCUGAGAGCUGCAGCUUUGAGUUUCAAGUCACAGAAGCCACUCCAAAAUUUCUGAGGCUCAUUUCUGACUACAGUACAUUUGUGGGUGCCUCAGCAUGCUUCCAGUGUCUUGUGACUGGUUCCCCCCACCCAAGUGUCCGCUGGUACAAGGAUGGGAUGUUGUUGGAAGGGGACAGAUACUGUGUGCAGGAAGAGCAGGGGGGCUUUUAUAGCCUUACUAUUGAGAACUUGAUGCAAAGUGACAGUGGGCAGUACAAAUGUAUAGCUACUAACAGGGCAGGAACUGCUGAGACUUGUGCUGUGUUAACAUUAUACUAA